GUAAGAGGUACACUUACUUCACUAUGGGUAUGUCAUGGUACAAUGCCCAAAUUUACUGCAGAACACACCAUACAGAUUUGGCCAGUUCUAAUGCAACAGAAAACCCGAUACUCUUGGAACUGAUUAAUGGGACUACUGGGGCUAUCUGGUUUGGUCUGUUCAGAGACUCCUGGAAGUGGAUUGACCAAACCAACUUCACUACUUUUCCCAUCAGCUGGAUGCUUAAAAAACCUGAUAAUGCUCUUGGGAAAGAAAAUUGUGGUUAUUUAGAUAACAGUCAGGUUGCUGAUGCACAGUGCUCAGACAUAAUGCCUUUCUUCUGUUACUCAGCAAUCACAGGAAAACAACAAAUAAUGGAGGUAAUGGUCCAGUCCAAUCAAGAUUUGAACGAUCCUGCAAUUAAGACGGCCAUCUUGGAGCAGAUCCAGCUGAAACUGAUGAAUCAUGGAAAGGCAGAAGACAUCAAGGUUAAUUGGAAAAAGCAACCAGAUGGACAGGUGUUUGACAAGAAGAAAGCAAAGGAUGGUACAGAAAAAGGAGAACUCUAAGUUUUUAGCUGUGACCUUUAAAUUCUGUAGAGCCAUUUUAGAUUGAGCAAAAUGUUUACACUGGGACAUUCUGGAAUGGUAAAGGGAAAAACUUAUUUUAUUCCUCUAGUUAAUUUUUAACACAGUUUUAUUUUUAUUGUCCAUGUUAAAAAUGUUAAAGUUGUUAAUGACACUGUAACCAAAUUGUAUAAUUGCCUGACAUAAAAUUGCUGAACAAAAGAAAUCUCAGAUCAUAUAACUGCCCCCACAGGCUUGUACAGUAGGAACUAGGCAUGAUGGGUGCGUCACUUAAUCCACCUUUUUUAUUUAACCCUGAUUUGCCCAUCACUCUGGAACAGGUUAAUUCUGGACUCAUCAGACCACAUUACCUGUUUUUCCCAAUUCUCGACACAAUUUAUACCUUCUUUCCAAUUAG